AUGAUGCCCAUUCAUUACUAGAGACAACUCUCUUAAAAAUCAAGGAGAACUCCCAUCUCAACUAACAGUAUAUAUUUAUAUCAUACUCUCCAUUAUUAUAUUACUUUGAUAUUAUAUUUAAAUAUAUACAAUAUAGUAGGAUUAGAUUCACUGUUGCAGUAAAGAAUGAUUGUAGACCUUGUAUAAAAGGAAUAUAAUUAAUCUCCAGGAAAUACAGUCUUUAAAUUAUAAAAGCAUAGUAGCUUCACACUCAAACCUAAUAGAUUGCCAUCCCUUAAAAUGCAUAAAGAUUAUGGACUCACUGAAGAAGAGAAAGGAACUUAUGGAGAUAGAUAAUUAAUAGGAUUUGACAAACUCGAACUCUUGGGAAGGUAUAUAAUAUAUUUAAAUCUAUUAAGGGGAGGAUUUGCAUUAGUUUGGUUAGCAUCAAUGGGUAAUUAGAAGGUAGCUUUGAAAUAAAUAGCCAAACCAUAAUAGAGCAAAGAGGCGAAAUUUAAUUACAUUAAAUCAGAUAAUAUAGUUUAGAUAAUGGGAGUGGAACAUUCAAACAAAGAUACUUGGAUUAUAUAGGAGUUGGGAGGUAAACCAUUAAGCAAAGCUCUCUAUACAAUGAAAGGUGAAUUCUACAAGGGAGAAAGAGUUUAUGCAGUACUAACAAUCAUAAUUUUUAGAUAAGUGAGACUUAAGAAUUAUUGGAUAUGUAUGAACAUCCAAACAAACUAAUUGAAUUAAUGUAUGGUAUACUGAAUGGAAUUUCAUGUAUUAAUGACAAACAUGUAACUCAUUUUGAUUUGAAACCAGAUAAUAUAUUAGUUGAGAAUAAUAUACCAAAAAUUAUAGAUUUUGGAUCAGCAUUUUCAAAUGAAGAUAAUGAUCAAUUUGGAAUGAUUACACCUGAAUACAUGGCACCUGAGGCCCUUGAUAUUAUGCAUAAUUGGACUAAAUAUUCUAAUUAAUACAAUACUUAAAUUGAAGCACUUAAUCAAAUGCAUGGGACUCCAAAAAUUGAUGUUUGGAGUUAUGGUAUUUUUAUAAACAAAUAAAGGGGCAGUAAUACUUGAUAUUUUACAUGGUGUUCCUAAUUGGCUAUCCUAUAAAGGCAAAAUUAUGAGAUAAGGAAAACCAUAAAUAAAAUAUGGGUUAUUUGCAGUCAAAGGAAGAGAUUUAAGCAAGUAAUUAUAUAUUCUUAUUAAUUAGAAUCAUUUAAAAACAAUAGUAAUUGUAAUUAAACCAGAUAAUAAGACAGAAUUGUAAUUACUUAACAUUAAUCAAAUAAAAUUAACUUUUUGAUUUACUUAAACAAUGUCUAGCCUAUGAUCCAUCUCAAAGAUCAGAAGCUAAAGAAUUACUAAAACACGAAUUUUUUAAUUAAAUCUGA